CGGAAGACAGCAGAACAGAGCAGUCCUAACUUGUGACGGCACUUCGACGCAGAAAGCCGCGAGCAGGACGCUAAUAUGUCAGUAUUGUUAUUUCUUCUCCAGUUUGAAAUAUUUAUGUCGUAUAACAUACCUCUUUGAUUCUUUAUUUAAGAACAUAGUCGUCUCGCACUGUGCCGCUUCUCGUGCUAUCUUUGCUUGUUAGUUAGCUUAGCUCGCUAGUUAGCUUAGCUUGUUAGCUGCUAACAGAAGACACAGAAGUUAUCAACACAUCGCUAAGUAGAGAUCAAGUGUGAGAGUAAAGUGUUGUGAUUUUUGAAAAUAUCUACAUUACAAAUGUUGAGAGCGUUGGUGGAUCAGCGACUAACUGCUGCCGUUGAAGAAAUAUUUGUAGUGUUAGAAAGAAUGAUAGCAGAAUACGAGGCGGAACUUUCUGGAACAAAAGAGGAAAAUUAUCAACUACUGGACGUUCUUUUCAAGAAACAUCAAGUUGUGUUAAACAGAACAGACCUCGAAGAAAAACCUCUACCUCAUGAGCAGGAGUUGGAACCACAAUGUCCCUACGGACAUGAGGAAGAAGAGGUUCCACAUUCCCAACACAUUAAAGAGGGAGGGCAGGAGCCACAGUCCCCCCACAUUAAAAAGGAAGCAGCAGAACACAGCAUCAGUCAAGAAGGAGAGCACAUUGAAGGACUGGAGGAGUCCCCAGUGACUGGUGUCCCUGUGAAGAGUGAAGAUGAUGAGGUCAAAGGUGAAAGUGAGGAGGAGAGAGAGGCGGAACCUCCAAGCAGCAGCUCAACACAACACAUGACAACAGAAGCUGAUGGAGACCACUGUGGAGGAUCACAAGCAGACAAGCUCUUAGCUCCACUAUCAGAUAGUGAUGACACAACGUCACACUCUCCUGACACUGAUGAUGAAGACUCUAAAGAUGAUAAGACAUGUCACACUGACAACACUCACUUCACACGUUCUCUCUGUGACAAAAUCUUUUAAAAAAAAUGGUGUCUGAAAAGACACAUGAGAACACAUACUGGAGAAAACCCUUUUACCUGUUCACUUUGUAGUAAAGGUUUUGCACAAAGUCACAAUUUGAAAGUGCACAUGAGAACGCACACUGGUGAAAAACCUUUUAUCUGUUCAAUCUGUGGUAAAGGUUUUACAGAAAGUCAGAAUUUGAAAAGACACAAGAGAACACACACUGGUGAAAAAUCACAUUCCUGUUCAAUCUGUGGUAAAUAUUUUGUACAAAGUUAACAUUUGAAAGUACACAUGAGAACACACUGGUGAAAAACCUUUUUCCUGUUCAAUGUGUGAUAAAGGUUUUACACAGUCACCAUUUGAAAGAACACAUAAGCACACACUGGUGAAAAACGUUUUUUCCUGUUAAACCUGUGGUAAAGGUUUUACACAAAAUCAGUGUUUGAAAAGACACAUGAGAACACACACUGGUGAAAAAACAUAUUCAUGUUCAAUCUGCAACAGAAGCUUUUGUGACCAAUCAAACCUUAUAAGACACAUGAGAAGACACACAGGAGAGAAAGUGUUGAGUUGCAGUGUGUGUGGUGAAAGAUUCUCUUAUAAGUACCAGUGUAAGAAACACAAGUGUGCUGGUGAGAACAGCAGCAGCAAAUGAAACUUCAGGAUUUGAAAUAAACUGUCAAGACUUUAAUUUUGACUUUCUAACAACAUCAGCACAUAUAACAUGUGUGACGUUGUUUGUGUAACAAUCUUUUCAAUAUGGGGCGGCAUGGUGUAGUGGGUAGAGUGGCCGGCCAGAAACCUGAGGGUUGCAGGUUCGCUUCCCUACCUACUGCUAUCUAAAAAAUUGCUGCCGUUGUGUCUUUGAGCAAGACAUUUCACCCUUGCCCCCAGUGCCGCUCACACUGGUGAAUAAAUGAUGAAUGAAUGAUAGGUGGUGGUCGGAGGGGCCGUAGGCGCAAACUGGCAGCCACGCUUCCGUCAGUCUACCGCAGGGCAGCUGUGGCUACAGAUGUAGCUUACCACCACCAGGUGUGAAUGAAUGAUGGGUUCCCACUUCUCUGUGAGCGCUUUGAGUGUUUAGAAAAGCGCAAUAUUAAUCUAAGUUAUUUAAUAUGCUUCUACAUUUAUAUAUUAAGUGUUUUAUAUUGGUGCUUUUUUUUAGUCAAGUACAUGCAUUUAUAUGCAACAUUGUGUACUUUUAUCAAAAAUGGAAAAGAACAAUUUGAAAAGUUGAGAGUAAACAGUACAAGACAUAUUUUACAUACCCGUAAACAUUUUAUGUGUAUAUAUAUAUAUUCAUCAGACAAUUUUAGACGUAUUCAUAAUACUGUUUUUAAAAGUGUUACAUUUUUUUUUUUGUAAUUGUUAAUAAUCCCAUAGAUUAGCACCUUUAUAUGAUAUAUAUAUUUACUGGUUCACAUCUGAAACAUCUUCUGGACCACUUCAGGAAGCAUAUUAUUAUUUACUUUAUACAUCAUUUGAACAGUUGUCUUUUAUACAAUUUUAAAAUGUGUGACUUGAUGAAUCAUUUGUUGGGUCUCUAUAAUCCGUUUUAUUAAUUUUCUUUAUGAGUCUCUUUUGUAAUAUGAUGAUUGUGUUAUGAUUGUUUUAUACUUUAACUUGAUAUGUAUGUACUCAGACCUUUAUGCAAUAAAAAGUUAGAGAACAUGGCUGAA